UCGCGAAUGUCCUUCCGCCGCAAAGUCCGCGCUGCUGCUUCCGGAUUGUCAGUCUGAGCUGUUUCCGCCGCCAUUGCGGGUCUGAGCGAGUACCAUCCGUGCAGAGAGGGGAGAAAAAAACAUCAACCAUCUGGCGGAUUGGCUUGACACGACGAAAACGCGACACUUGCAUUCUCCGCGUAUUAAUAGCAACAUUCCUGCAUUUGAGCUGUUUUGAAUCGGGCUGUCCACGGAGAGGAGGUCGUCGCUCGCUAAAGCUAGGCAGAAUUUUUGCGAGGAGUCCGGCCGGGAGGAUUGAGAACACAAAGCCCAAACCAUGGCUCAGAUCCUGCCUAUCCGCUUCCAGGAGCACCUGCAGCUCCAGAACCUGGGCAUAAACCCAGCGAAUAUUGGGUUUAGCACCCUCACCAUGGAGUCAGAUAAGUUCAUCUGCAUCCGGGAGAAGGUGGGCGAGCAGGCCCAGGUGGUGAUCAUUGACAUGAGUGAUCCCAAUACACCCAUCCGCAGGCCCAUCUCUGCAGACAGCGCCAUCAUGAACCCAGCCAGCAAAGUCAUUGCACUUAAAGCAGCAAAAACCCUUCAGAUUUUCAACAUCGAAAUGAAGAGCAAGAUGAAGGCCCACACCAUGACCGAGGACGUUUCAUUUUGGAAGUGGAUCUCGCUCAACACCAUAGCACUUGUUACGGACAACGCGGUCUAUCAUUGGAGUAUGGAAGGAGACUCGCAACCCAUCAAAGUCUUUGACCGACAUUCCAGUUUAGCGGGCUGUCAAAUUAUUAACUACCGCACUGACGCCAAACAGAAAUGGCUGCUUCUGAUCGGAAUUUCCGCACAGCAAAACCGUGUUGUGGGCGCAAUGCAACUUUACUCAGUGGACAGAAAGGUGUCACAGCCGAUCGAAGGCCAUGCUGCUGGAUUUGCUCAGUUUAAAAUGGAGGGAAAUGCUGAGGAAUCCACACUUUUCUGCUUUGCUGUUCGGGGGCAAGCUGGAGGAAAGUUGCAUAUUAUUGAGGUUGGAACACCUCCGACAGGGAAUCAAGCUUUUCCAAAGAAAGCAGUCGAUGUGUUUUUCCCUCCAGAGGCCCAGAAUGAUUUCCCAGUUGCCAUGCAGAUAAGCUCCAAACACGAUGUUGUGUUUCUCAUCACCAAAUAUGGCUACAUCCACCUGUAUGACCUUGAGACGGGCACCUGCAUCUACAUGAACAGGAUCAGCGGAGAGACCAUUUUUGUCACGGCCCCUCACGAAGCCACAUCUGGAAUCAUUGGCGUGAACCGCAAGGGACAGGUUCUGUCUGUGUGCGUGGAGGAAGAAAACAUCAUCCCUUACAUCACUAAUGUACUGCAGAAUCCAGAUCUAGCCCUCAGGAUGGCCGUCCGCAACAACCUGGCAGGUGCAGAGGAGCUCUUCGCCCGCAAAUUCAACAACCUCUUUGCUGGUGGAAACUACUCUGAAGCUGCCAAAGUGGCUGCCAAUGCGCCAAAGGGCAUCCUGCGCACCCCAGACACCAUCCGUCGGUUCCAGAGUGUUCCUGCACAGCCCGGUCAGACUUCACCCCUGCUGCAGUACUUCGGGAUUCUGCUGGAUCAGGGCCAGCUGAACAAGUUUGAGUCAUUGGAGCUUUGCAGGCCCGUCCUGCAGCAGGGCCGUAAGCAGCUCCUGGAGAAAUGGCUGAAGGAAGACAAGUUGGAGUGUUCUGAAGAGUUGGGGGAUCUGGUGAAGUCUGUGGAUCCAACUCUUGCUCUUAGUGUUUAUCUGAGAGCCAACGUUCCCAACAAAGUCAUCCAGUGUUUUGCAGAAACCGGGCAGUUCCAGAAAAUUGUACUGUAUGCAAAGAAGGUUGGCUACACUCCAGACUGGAUCUUCCUGUUGAGGAACGUCAUGCGGAUCAGUCCAGAACAAGGCCUGCAGUUCUCCCAAAUGCUCGUUCAAGAUGAGGAGCCUCUGGCUGACAUCACUCAGAUCGUGGACGUGUUUAUGGAGUAUAACCUGAUUCAGCAGUGCACUUCUUUCCUACUGGACGCCCUGAAGAACAACCGGCCCACCGAGGGUCCUUUGCAGACUCGUCUGUUGGAGAUGAACCUGAUGCAUGCUCCACAGGUGGCAGAUGCCAUCUUGGGCAACCAGAUGUUCACUCACUAUGACCGGGCUCAUGUGGCACAGCUGUGUGAAAAAGCUGGUCUUCUUCAGAGGGCUCUGGAGCACUACACUGACCUUUAUGACAUCAAACGAGCAGUCGUCCACACACACCUGCUCAACCCAGAGUGGCUGGUGAAUUUCUUUGGCUCUCUCUCGGUUGAAGACUCUAUGGAGUGUCUGAGAGCCAUGCUGUCUGCCAACAUACGGCAGAACCUGCAGAUCUGUGUCCAGGUGGCGUCCAAGUAUCACGAGCAGCUCUCCACACAGUCCCUCACAGAGCUCUUCGAGUCCUUCAAGAGCUUUGAGGGUCUGUUCUACUUUCUGGGCUCUAUUGUGAACUUUAGCCAGGAUCCAGAGGUUCACUUCAAAUACAUUCAGGCUGCCUGCAAGACUGGUCAAAUCAAAGAGGUGGAGAGAAUCUGCAGAGAGAGCAACUGUUACGAUCCUGAGCGAGUGAAGAACUUCCUCAAGGAAGCAAAACUGACUGACCAGCUGCCCCUCAUCAUUGUGUGUGACCGCUUUGAUUUUGUCCAUGACCUUGUGCUCUACUUGUACCGCAACAACCUCCAGAAGUACAUUGAGAUUUAUGUUCAGAAGGUGAACCCCAGCCGUUUGCCUGUAGUGAUUGGAGGGCUGCUGGACGUGGACUGCUCUGAGGACGUCAUUAAGAACCUCAUUCUGGUGGUCCGAGGACAGUUCUCCACUGAUGAGCUUGUGGCCGAGGUGGAAAAAAGAAACAGACUUAAGCUGCUUCUGCCAUGGCUGGAGGCUCGUAUCCACGAGGGCUGUGAGGAACCUGCUACCCAUAAUGCCCUGGCUAAGAUCUACAUUGACAGCAACAACAACCCAGAGCGCUUCCUCCGCGAGAACCCCUACUACGACAGCCGUGUUGUGGGCAAAUACUGUGAGAAAAGGGACCCCCAUCUGGCUUGUGUGGCUUAUGAGAGGGGACAGUGUGACCAAGAGCUCAUCCAUGUUUGCAAUGAGAACUCACUCUUCAAGAGUCUGUCCCGAUACCUUGUGCGUCGUAAAGACCCCGAGCUGUGGGCUAGUGUGCUUCUGGAAGUCAACCCUUACAGGAGACCCCUAAUUGACCAGGUUGUGCAGACUGCCCUUUCUGAGACCCAGGAUCCUGAGGAAGUUUCUGUUACUGUCAAAGCUUUCAUGACUGCUGACCUGCCUAAUGAACUCAUUGAGCUCCUGGAGAAGAUUGUCCUGGACAACUCUGUUUUCAGCGAACACAGGAAUCUGCAGAACCUCCUGAUCCUGACAGCCAUCAAAGCUGACCGCACUCGUGUCAUGGAGUACAUCAACCGCCUUGACAACUACGACGCCCCUGACAUCGCUAACAUCGCCAUUAGCAAUGAGCUCUUCGAGGAGGCUUUUGCCAUCUUCAGGAAGUUUGAUGUCAACACAUCAGCGGUGCAGGUUCUCAUCGAGCACAUUGGGAAUCUGGACCGGGCUUAUGAGUUUGCAGAGCGCUGCAAUGAGCCGGCUGUGUGGAGUCAGUUGGCUAAAGCACAACUGCAGAAGGGGCUGGUGAAAGAGGCUAUUGACUCUUACAUCAAAGCUGAUGACCCUUCAGCCUACAUGGAAGUGGGACAAGCUGCAGCCCAAAGCGGAAACUGGGAGGAUUUGGUCAAGUUUUUGCAGAUGGCUCGUAAAAAGGCCCGUGAAUCGUAUGUGGAAACUGAGCUGAUCUUUGCCCUGGCCAAGACUAACCGUCUAGCUGAACUGGAGGAGUUUAUCAACGGGCCAAACAACGCACACAUUCAACAAGUUGGUGACCGAUGCUAUGAUGAGAAGAUGUAUGAGGCAGCUAAACUACUUUAUAACAAUGUAUCCAACUUUGGUCGUCUGGCCUCCACUCUAGUGCAUCUUGGGGAAUAUCAGGCAGCUGUCGAUGGGGCCCGUAAAGCCAACAGCACAAGGACCUGGAAAGAGGUUUGCUUUGCCUGUGUUGAUGGGAAGGAGUUUCGCCUGGCUCAGAUGUGUGGAUUACAUAUUGUCGUUCAUGCUGAUGAACUUGAGGAGCUCAUUAACUAUUACCAGGACCGUGGCUAUUUUGAGGAGCUGAUCACCAUGCUGGAGGCGGCUCUGGGCUUGGAGCGCGCUCACAUGGGCAUGUUCACAGAACUGGCCAUCCUCUACUCCAAAUUCAAGCCACAGAAGAUGAGGGAGCACCUGGAGCUCUUCUGGUCCAGAGUCAACAUUCCCAAGGUUUUGAGGGCAGCAGAACAGGCUCAUCUGUGGGGGGAGCUAGUCUUCCUGUAUGAUAAAUAUGAGGAGUACGACAACGCCAUCAUCACCAUGAUGAACCAUCCUGCAGACGCCUGGAAAGAGAGCCAGUUUAAGGACAUCAUAACCAAGGUGGCUAAUGUUGAGCUGUAUUACAGAGCUGUCCAGUUCUACCUGGAGUUCAAACCGCUGUUACUGAAUGACCUGUUGAUCGUAUUGUCUCCUCGUCUUGACCACACUCGUGCUGUCAACUUCUUCAGCAAGGUCAAGCAAUUGCCAUUGGUGAAACCGUACCUGAGAUCAGUACAGAACCACAACAACAAGUCUGUAAAUGAGGCACUAAAUAAUCUCUUCAUCACAGAGGAGGAUUUUCAGGCUCUGCGCACAUCCAUCGAUGCCUACGACAACUUCGACAACAUAUCUCUGGCUCAGAGCCUGGAGAAGCACGAGCUCAUCGAGUUCAGGCGAAUCGCCGCAUACCUGUUCAAAGGCAACAACCGCUGGAAGCAGAGUGUGGAGCUCUGCAAGAAAGACAAACUUUACAAGGAUGCGAUGCAGUACGCUUCAGAGUCGAAGGACACAGAGCUGGCGGAGGAGCUGCUGCAGUGGUUCUUGGAGGACGACAAGAAAGAGUGUUUCGCCGCCUGCCUGUUUACCUGCUACGACCUGCUGAGGCCUGAUGUGGUGCUGGAGACGGCGUGGAGGCACAACCUCAUGGACUUUUCUAUGCCCUACUUCAUUCAGGUCAUGAGGGAGUACCUCUCAAAGGUUGAUGCAAUUAAGGAAAAGGUUGAUAAGUUGGAUGCUUCUGAGUCUUUGAGGAAAGAGGAAGAGCAGCUCACGGAGGCACAACCCAUUGUCUAUGGCACACCCCAGCUGAUGCUCACUGCAGGUCCCAAUGUGGCAGUUCCCCCACAACAGCCUUACGGCUAUGGCUACCCCACAGCGACUGGCUACACCCAACCCGCACAGCCCGGCUUCGGCUACGGCAUGUAAAGCCCUCCUACCCACAGCUGUCCAUCCAUCUUUCCUUAAGUUCCUUACAAAGCUUAUCGUGGUCUACUCGCAAGGUUAUAUAAAGUAAAACAAACAAACAAACAAAAAAAGUUACACGUUUUAAAUUAUUUUCCUUAAAAUGCAAUGAAGGACUUCAUUUUUAUUUGUGUUGUCAAAGGAAAUAAUCGGACCACACUUUUGUUAUUUCACAUUCCAUAUUUAAGGCUACUUAUAUCACUAGUUCUUUUUUUUUGUGAGCUGAUUUUUUUAAGGGGGCAUGGGUUGUGUAUGUAAGUGGAGUGUUGAGAAGAGCAAUUAACCUUAAAAUAUGUUGUGAAGCAUCUGAUUUGCACUCUGUCGUGAGAGGAAACUAAUGUAGAAUCUCUUAAUUUUGAUGUAUUGUAUGUGAAGAGCUUACACUGUCAGUCUGUUUAAUGCAUUUCAUUAUUGUAUAUUCUGAAAAAAAAAAAGGUUAAAGAUGAUAUUUGAACAUGAACGUAUGCAUCCAUGGGUACAUUUAGCUAACACUAAGUAAUAAUCUGAUAUUCUACACAAAUAUGUAGCUGUAUGGGAAUUUUAAGCGCAUACAGACAUGAAUAUAGUAAACGAUUUUAAUCCCUUAGCAUAAACAGGUUUCCCCCCUGAUCGACCUCGUAGUUGUUAACAUCUCAUCAUUCACUCCAUGUGUAACAGGUGACCUUUCCUUGUAUUGAAUACAGUGCUCUUUCUUGUGUGAAUCCAUUUCCAUAAAUGAGCAAGGGAUACAUUGA